AUGAUGGCAAGAAGUAGCACACCUUGCUGGCAUUUUGGCGAACCUUUUGACUAUGGUCACUUGGCUGUUUGCAAGGCCUCUAAGGGCAAGGGCAAGGCAACUGGUGAGCGUGUGGUUCGUGCAUUGGGUCCUGCUUCAAAGAGUAAGGAUAGCAAACCUGCUCCUGCCGCAUCCGAAUCGGGUGGCUCUGACGAUGACAUGGACAUCGACCAGAAGGCUCAAGGUAAGCAGCUAAUUCAUACACAACAUGAUGAUCCCAAUACAAUUUACUUACCAAUCCUCUUGCAGAAUGAUCACAAGAUUAGUGGUAUCCUUGAUAUAGGCGCAACUAUUAGUACGCUUUCCGCACUUGUUUGCAAUAAAAUUGGUUGUUCAGUAAAUUUGCCGUCUGUUCAUGUAAAGGCUGUUGGGAAGAAUAAUUAUGUUAACGUACAAGGUGAAACUGAACCCCUUGUCAUCCGCUGUAACAAACAUACCAUCAGGCAUACCUUCGCUGUUGUUGAUACUGAAGAGCCGAUGCUUGUUGGCAGUGACUUGUAUAGCAAACUUGGCAUUUACAUUGGAGGACUACCAUAUUCUUUUGAUGAGAACAAUGACUCCGAUAUCGAGGAAGAGAUUGGCUACAUUGACGUACCCAAUGACUCACCUGCUAGUAACAGCUUAGAGCGUGCUCUUCUUGAACGCACCUUGAAACCGCUCAUUGAGGCUAAUCAGCAAAUUCCUAAGAACGCCUUUUGCACCGUACCUGAAUCAAAGAUUUCACUUGACACCAUCGAUGAUGUUACCGAACGUGUUAAGGGUUGA